UCAAACCUAUCAGCUGAUUUGGUAAAUGUCUUCAAAAGUUCGAUCUUUAUAAACAAACAAUAAUUAUUUGCAAUUUAUGGACUGUUAAAUUUACUUACUUAAUUUAAAUGUACUACUGAAUCGUUUCAGACCGUUCGACAAUUAUGUCUGACUUGGUAUCUAAGUGUGUUUUACGAGUCGAAGUAAACGAUUCCCAUCAAACUGUUUCAGAGGGGGCUGAAGCUCUCCCUCAAGAAGCUGAUAAUAAACAAAAAAAUCGUGGACAAAGAAAAGUAAGAGAUAUAAGUGUUGAAACAUUUCCCAGUAGAUUAGAGAGCCCCAGGGAAGACUGGGGAUUAUUACCGUUUUCUUCUAGAGAGCAAACUCCUAUGACCGAAAAGAGUACUGUCGAAUUAGCUGAAAACUUAGGAGAAAUUGGUUUUUUUAGUGGAAAUCCCUUUGUUGAGAUAACUAAGGGGAUAUUGCACUUAUAUAAGGAGGAUGUUUUGACUAGCAGAAAAGAUGCCUUAACCUUAUGUCUGCUUGGUGUUCCAUGUACCAUGACUUGCCAUGAUAUUUUAGCUUUUACAGCUCCUUGCCAUGCAGAUAUAUCUCAUAUUAGAGUUUUAAGAGAUUCUUUACCUAAUCAGUAUAUGUGUCUUUUAACUUUCAGAGAUCAUGAUGAUGCUAUUGAAUUCUAUCUAACAUACAAUGGAAGUCCAUUUAGCACAUUGGAACCAGAUAUAUUGUGCAGAAUAGUAUGGGUUUCAAGAGUUGAAUGGGCUCAUGAUGGGUCUGCUCCACCUGGACAUACAGAAUUACCUAUGUGUCCAGUUUGUUUAGAACGUAUGGAUGAAUCCGUAGAUGGUGUGCUAACCAUCUUAUGUAAUCAUGCUUUCCACGCCAGUUGUUUAGAAAAAUGGGGUGACUCCACUUGUCCUGUAUGCAGAUGUGUCCAGAGCCCUGAACAGGAAGAAAGUUCAGAAUGUGAAGAAUGUGGAAAAUCUGUACCAUCACCCGAUGCCCUAUGGAUUUGUUUAAUUUGUGGCCAUGUCGGAUGUGGAAGGUACCAAGGAGGCCAUGCGGCAUCCCACUAUAGGGAGUCUGGACAUUGUUAUGCUUUACAGCUAGGAUCACAUAGAGUUUGGGAUUAUAAAGGUGAUAAUUUUGUGCACAGAUUACUUCAGAAUAAAGCAGAUGGUAAGUUGGUGCCCUCAGAAGGUCCUCCGUCCGAAUCUGAGGGUGCACAAGAAAAAGUCGAUUCCGUUCAACUGGAAUUCACCUAUUUAUUAACAUCGCAACUUGAGGAGCAACGGAUGUAUUUUGAGGAUAAACUUGCCUUGGUGGAAAGUCAAUUAACCCAAGAGUCCGAUCGUUUAAAAAACCAAGUUGCAAAACUGUCCGACGAAAAUAAGCAGUUGAAAGCCAAAUUAAAUACUGUGACAAAGGAAAAACAGGCUUUGGAAAAGAAAUUACAGCAGCAAAGUGCUAAAUUAUCUUCGACUCAACAUGACUUAAACGAAGAAAAACAGCUAGGAAAGGCAUUAAGAAACAACCAGCAGCAGUGGCAAACAAAAAUAACAAAACUGGAAGAAGGAUUGGCGGAGCUACAGGCAACAAAAGACCGGGAACUUGCCGAGUUAAAGGAACAAGUUAGAGAUUUGAUGUUUUUUAUAAAUGCUCAGCAAACUAUAGAAAAAUCAGAACACAAAGAAGAUAUUGCCGAAGGAACCGUUACUGUUGGAGAGGCGCCUCAAAGCUCGAAAGGAAAAAAAAACAGAAGGAAACGAUAAAUAAUUAAGAGAAUAUCAGUCUGAUUCGUGUGGUGAUUAUAAUCUUAGUUCUUGUAUUUUUAGAUUUGUUUUCUUUAAAUAAUCUGAUUAAAGCAGGGUACUCGACUAAAA